AUGGACGACAGGGUAACAUUGCUGUUGUUGUUCCUGGCGGUGAUUACGCUCGGAGGAGUAGCCAGCAAGCUGUCUUACCAGAUUGAGGACACCGGCGAUCCCAGAUACCCCCCACACUUCUUCAAGAAGCCCUGGUUUCUGGAGCUGCUCAUGUUCAGCGGCAUGGUCCUCUCCUUCCCUGUCUACUGGGCCAUGGAGUGCACCAGCAGGAGCAGCAAGGUCCAGCCCGACGCCGCCGGUGUGCCCCUGCUGGGCAGGGAGCCGCAGGGCAGGGGCUGGAAGGUCCGGGCCAUGAUCUUUCUGCCCGCCAUGGGCGAUCUGGUCAGCAGCAUCCUCAACUUCACGGGGCUCGUGUAUGUGAGCAACAGCACCGCCCAGAUGCUCGGCUCUUCUCGGUACGCGGGCAUGGCCCUGGUGCUGGGCUCCCUGCUGAUCGUCGGCUGGGCGGCCAGCAUCUCGGCCCACGAGGCGGGGGGCGGGCGCAGAGCUCUCGGCGAGGCGCCGCUGCCCCAGCAGUUCUUCGGCAUGUUCCUGUGCGUGGCGGCCAGGGCUGUGGGCAGCAUCCAGUUCGUCCUGGAGGAGAAGGUCAUGAGCGACAGCAGCCUGCACCCCCUCGAGGUGGUCGGCACGGAAGGUCUCGUGAUUGACGCUUUGGUCUCCGAGCCUGCCUCCAUAUUCAAGUACAUCGGCAGCGACAGCUCCGAUUCCAUAUUCAACAUCGGCAGCGACAGCUCCGAGACCAUCUUCAACAUCGGCAUCGGCAGCUCCGAGACCAUAUUCAACAUCGGCAUCGGCAGCACCGAGACCAUAUUCAACAUCGGCAGCGGCAGCGAUACCAUAUUCAACGGCAUCGGCAGCGAGACCAUAUUCAACAUCGGCAGCGGCAGCGAGACCAUAUUCCAACACAUCGGCAGCGAGACCAUACUCAACAUCAGCAUCGGCAGCGAGACCAUAUUCAACGGCAGUGACCCUGUUUUCAACAUCGGCAUUGGCAGCGACCCAAUAUUCAUAGACAUCGGCAGCGACAGCAACACCAUAUUCAACUACAUCGGCAGCGACGCCAUGGCAGAUCAAUUGGACGAGGUGCUCAAUGACUUACAGUUGUCAGGCGACGAGGGCGUUCGCGACCAGCCCCCUGUCCCCGAUCAGUUGCAGAUCCCCGACUUCGAUGAGUUCGAAGAGAUGCAGAUCGAGCAGCGUUGCAGUGAGCCACCUCCCCGAAAGGAUGGUCGGCAUUCCGACCGCCACCUCGGCAAGAUGAGAGCGGCCAGGGAUAAGAGGAUUAAGGACAACUUGCGGCAGCAGCUGAAGGCGAGCGACUUCGUGCUCGCGUCGAGGGCGGUGUUCGUGAAGCUGAAGGCGAAGGUGAGCAUGGGCGUCAGGCAGAACCGCAUGCAGACGGUGGCCUGCGCAGUGGCACAGCAUCGACAACGUCGGGCAGUCGAGCACUGCAUCGAGAGGGCCGCGGAUGCCCUCGGCGUCGGUGGCCGAAGGGUGCACUUGUCUUUCGGGCACAUGUGGGACGAAGUGGAGGUCAAGCAGGCGUGGCGCCCAUCGGCCAAGUACCGCAUGCUGCGGAAAAACGUGUCCAUGCCAACGCUCGUACAACGAGGCACCGUCGGCCUCGCCCUCGCCGACCUCAAUCGGGGCAAGUUCAAGCAGCAUCAGAGCUACUGGCUGGCGCAGCCGAUCGAAGUCCACGGCGCGAAGGCCAGGGACCUUCUGCCAGGGAUCGUGAAGGGGUCGCCGACCAACUUCAACGUCAACGACACCGAGACGAUAACCGAGACACUCUCCAAGGUAUCGAGCCUGACGGUCAUGCCGAUGUGCGACAGGGCCAGCGCCAACGUGAGUAUCCUCAAGCAGUUGGGCAGCACCGUCGAGAAGCUGAGCACUGAGCUCGGGGAGACUGGCCACAAGCUACUUUUCUGGGCAGACACGUGUGGCAUCCAUGCCCACCAUCGCGGCAAGUUGAAGUUACGGGGCUUACGUGGGCACACAAUGCGGCAUUAUUCAAUUGCCUCGAUGUCCAGAUACCGAGGGAACCUGUCCCGCUCUAUCAGGGGCAUCGAGAAGAUCGUCGAAGCUAAGCUUCAUCGCGAUGUUGGCCAGGCGCAUCCCUGCCCUUACACGCUGGAACAGGUUGCGGACAUCUUCUACGAUUUAGGUGCUGAACGUCAUCAGCGACCACGCAAGGAUGGCAGUCAGGGUGGCGAGUCGCAGCUCAUCACAGACCUGAAGGAGUUGAUGGCCAUGGCCAACGGGGACCUUACCGCUGAUAGGUGGGUCCACCACUGCUGGGACGGCGAGCGCAACCGCCCGUGCUGCAAGACGAGGGCCGAGGCAGUGGAGAAGAUGACGGUUGCAGCAGUACACGCUUUAUAUGGCAGCUCGGACCCUCGUCCAGCAGAGUCCCGAUGGACGCAUUUACUACCCAGCUUCAAGCGCACGCUGGUGCGCAGACUUCUCCAUAGAGUAGGGCUCGAUUGCUUCGUGGACACAAUACCUGAGGGCGAACUUGACGGCUUGGACGGGCAGCAGAUCGGCGUCGAACAGGAGGGCACGGACGCGUUCUUCAAGCACAUCAUCCGCGUGCGCACCAAAAAGGUGAGGGAUUAUUACGCAGACGACCUGAACAUGCAGCAGCUGAUCGUAUUUACUGCCAUCCUCGAAGCCGCGGAUGGCAACUUGCUGUACCCUCUCCUCGGCGACGCGAUUGAGGACAAGGCCGAAGAUAUGAGCAAAUUGGAUAAGCUCUUGGACGAGGACUCUGUCAUCGCCAAGUUCAGCCAAGACAUGGUAAACCUCAUAGACACCUGGAACAAUGGAGAUUCAUCGAGGCGGCCUCUCAUGCUGCUGGAUAUAAUCAACGCGCCAUUGACCGACCAAGGCUUCUCCAGAUGGGCCAGGGGACAGAUGCUCAAGAUCAACUCGGUCAUGGCGCGCAGAUACGAGAGUCGAUUCAGCGCGUGGCCCUAUAGGCUCUACCCUCUGUCGCACGGCCGCUCCACGGAGGCCGACAGGCAAAGGGUCGCGCGCGAAACGUUGGGUGCUCCGGACCACAUGAUCGACACCUACACCAGAGGGAUCCGCAAACUCUUUAGCACCGACGCCGCCUUGACAUCGCUAGAGUGCCAGAUGGUUUUGGCAGCCGAUUUUAGAGCGCACUGCUACGGGACGGACAUGAUAGAGAGGCUGAACUCCUUGUACACAGCUCGCCAUCCAGUGCGAGCUCCAGGCAGGAACUCCAUCAACGCUGAGCGGGAGCACUUCCUCGACCAGCUCAAAGCGGUUCACGUGAGCAGCGGUGGCGACGACCCUCUUACCCCUUCUCGUCUGGACAGUGUGUCGGCGGACGAGACCGUGUCGUGCUUGCCUCUCUUGGAGGGCGCUUCUUUCGGAUCGGUGCCAGCGGUGCCAGUUCUCCCAGCGAUUGAAGGCCCCCCUGGGCCCAUGGCGAUCGAGGACGCACCAGCGCUGGCGGACGAACGUGCCAUCGUCGUGGCAGCACCUGCAGCAGAACAACAUCAGUUCGAGGAUGCCAUCGUCACUCGCAUCCCGAACCCGAACCAGCUGCCAGGCGCCGCCGAGGCCAGUCGGCAGGACGAUCGCCAUGGCAUCAAACGGGGGCUUAGCGUUUACAUGCUGGGGCAAAACAAAUACCUCGAGGAUGCGAAGAAGGCGAAAGGGCGCAACCUGACACCUGACGAGGUCACGCAGCACAGAAAACAGUUUCAGGAGAUGUUCGCAGAGGGCGACCAGGAUGUCUACCAGGAAGCUUACCAGGAGUGGCAGCACAGCAGCGCGGCAGCACAGCCAGACGUACGAGAACAGCCGUAUGCACAAUGGUGGGGCGGGGGGAGCCGUGCGAGCCCUUUUACGCCUGCUGAGCUCUGUCAGUACAUCGACCAGCACGGGUGGCCGAAAGACCGAGAGGUGUACGACGCGGACCUUACUGCAAGGAAGGUCGACUCGGACCGCAAGACCAACUUCGAGGAUACCGACGGGUUCGACCCUUGGGGGAUUUCGCGUUCGGCGAGAAACGCCGACAAACGUGCGUCAAGGGUGCCAGCCGCCUUUGACGUCGUGGAGAAGGGGAUCUUCAAUUUCCUUGUCUCUAUCAAUGCUGGUAAGGGCGACGACGACGCCUCGGACGUGCUGCUCGUCAUUGCAGGGCGAGCUGCGCACGGAGGAGGCCACAAGCGCGUGGCGAGCCUGGUCACCGACAUCACCUUUAGCCCGCAGGUGUUCGACGUGACGUUGAACGAGUUCGAGCGGGCUGCCGACGCGGAGCUGGAGCUGCCUUCCUACGUGAACAUUUCGAUUCGGCAGAGCAGGUUGAGCCAUAGAUACAGCGCUAUCAAUACCAACACAUCUGACGAGUGGAUCUUCGACUUAAUCCAGCAGUUCGAUGACAUGGACCUCUACUCAGCCGAAUACGAGAUAUGCCACGACACUGGGACUCUGAGGAGAUCAAAGAUUGUGGGGCUGCAGCUCAUUGAUGCGCAGGGGGGCGCGGCCGCGGCGGCGGUGCUCGAGGGGGGCGUGGCCGCGGGCGUGCAGGAGCAGCCGAGGGACCUGAAGGACACCAGCCACCUGGAGUUCCAGAGGGCCCUUUGCCCAUUGCCGACGCUGGCUCACCAGAGCAUGAAGAUCAACCUGCACCCGAUGGCGAGUUCGACCUCGCGGACGUGGAGUGCCAGUCAGAGGUCACGGAGGUGGAGGAGCUCGAGGCAGUGCACUUGGAGGCGGGACUACCUGCCGAACUGGGUGAACCUCAUGUUCCAGCUGUUGCGCCAGAUGAUCGCGAAGGGGAUCCUCACUGCGGCCAACGGAUCUCGCGACGGGCAGGUGCUUGGCGGCGAGUUGCCCGACAUCGAGGACCUUCUCUCGUGCCCCGAGAUGCCUGCGGCGCCCGUCAACAGGUGCCUUGGCAACGGCAGGGCGCAGUUCCAGCCUGCCGUCGCCCAGCCCCUGUCGUUCCCCAUGGGCCCCCUCGCCCAGCCCGUCAAGUUGGAGCAAACGAUCGGCGACGUAAAGGUGGAGGGGGCCCUUCCCGAGAACUCUGAGCACCCUGAGGCCGACGCGCAGGCGAAGGAACUGCAGAUGGUCUGCACGUCUUUCUACACCAAGACCUGCGAGAUGAUGAAGUACACGCGCGUUAAGCCGCCGUUCCCGCCAGAGGACGAGAGCAUGGCACAGCCAGUUCAGGUCGAAGACGGCGACUCUGUGUUGGAGUUCACUAAGAAGAAGGGCGUCAAUGUAUAUUCAUUGGCGCAGAAGUGGCCGACGUCGUCAACGUUGGCGCCAGUGGCCAAGAUCAGGCAGACCAUCAACGGGUACUUGGAUGAGACGGUCAACCCGAAGUGGUACGAGGAGUUCGUGCUCGGCACCCUUCACGCCUUGCACAGGCGCCUGACGAAGCAUAAAGAUAAAAUCGAGGGCAAAGUCCAAUUCGACAUCCAGGUGGCGUACCACCAGUUGGACAACCGCGUCUUCUCUUUGAUCUCCCUCCACAAGUCUGUGAAAGCAUGGCUUGAUGCCCAAGUAAACAAACUCUUACAGGAGACCCUCGAACCGUUUUCCGUCGUGAUUGCCUACAUGAUGCACACUGGCAGGCGCAUGUCAGAGGAGCUCAACAUCGUCAUGCUAUAUGCCACAUUCCAGGGGAUGGCGCUAAAUUUGGAAUCGCUCGCCGACGCCAUCGAUAAGUUCGACGUCAGCAUCUUCAGCCUCCUGAGCAAAAUGACGGAGCUCGACCCGCCUGAGGACCAGGGAGCGCAGCCAGCUGAGCCUACUAAGGAGGCCGUGAAGGGUAAGCCGAAGACGGGCAAAAGCGCUUCGGCUGCAGACAAGGCCGCGGCGGCUGCGAAGAAAAUUGGAGAGGCGCUCAGGGCUCGAGCAGUCGUCGGCCAGACCCCCGUCUUCCACUUCGCGGCCAUGGUGUCUGAGUCCAUGCAGACGUGGCUGUCCGACCUGCCCGAAAGCAUCGUGAAGAACGAGGUCCAGGCCUACGACCUCAUGGUCGAGAUCGAGGUGGUCCUCAACAACUGGAGGAAGAAGGAGCUCAUCAUGAGGUGCGUCAACGUCGUCGAGUCUGCCAGGCCCCCGACUGCCCAAGUGCGGCAGGCGAGGAGGGUGAUCCUGGACUUGGUGAGGCAGCCGAGCUCCCCAGCUUCGGAGCUCGCGCGCACGAUGCAGGCAUAUCCUGUGGGCAAGGCGCUCAUGGAGGCCAGUCGGCUUCACGUGGCUCAGAGCAUCGAGGACGACACGGCGACAUCUGCAUUCGACCAGGCGUCGAAGAAGUUCGAGCUGAAUUUCGCGGAGUGCUUCGACGGCAUGGUCGCGCACUCGGCGGUCACGAAGUGGUCGGCGGCAUCGGCGCACUCGAACCUCACUUUCUUCGGGGACAACAUCAACAACGCAAUGACCAUACUCAAGGUCGGCAAGUACAUGAUGGUGGACAUCUACGCUGCGAGCCUUGGGAAGCUCGUGCCAGACAUUGGGGAUGCUAUUGUUGCAGUUUAUCAUGGGGUUGAGAUGCCAGGCCCAGCAGCAGGCAGCGCAGAGGGUGCCGAGGGCGGUGGAACCACCGACGCUGCGGAGACGAUCAAGCAAGAUCCGAACGAGAUAAUCGAGAACUUCUCCACGGUUGCUGCGCAGGUGGAGUCCACCCUUGAGACGUUCACGCACACCUUGCACUCCAUGAGCGAGAGGUGGAAAAAGUGCGUGCUUCAGUUGCACAAGCGCGUAGGCGACGCCAUGGACGACCAUAUCCCGAAAGAGUACGUGCUCAAUCCGUGCACCUUCGAAUCGGAGCUCCAGCACACCAGUGGCCAGCUGAAGGACAUGAUAGCCAUCAUGAAGUACUGCGUCGCGCUCGCGCAGGCGAAGCAGCGGCAGCCGCAGACCCAGGACGAGCUCGAGGCGUUCACGGACACCAUCGUGAAGUGCGCGGGCGCGCUGCACUCCGCGCACCAGGCGAUGUUCGACUUUCGGGGGGUCGAGAGCUUAGCGACCAGCAUGGAUAUCGCGCGUGAGGUGUCAGAUCAGUUCAAGCAGUUCGUCGAGACCAGAGGCAUGCGUGUGUACACGGAUUGCGCCGACUGCUUCGUCGACGGGAAGCUCGCGGAGAUAUCCCCAGGCCUCAGCUACACCCUGGGCGACGUCAGCGAGGUCGUCAUGAAGGAGGUCCCUUUCGCCGACGCAUGCGGUAGGCUUUUCGUCGGCUGCGAGCCCAAGGAUCUGCUGCUGGACAGCGUCUAUUGGAUUGACGGAGAAGCGGAGGAUGACACAGCGAUUGGGAAGCUUUCUUACAACAAAGCCUUGUCAGAUUUAGCAUCUUUCAUGGAAGCGGGCAGCCUUGAGUCUAUCCAGAUCCCCAACGCCACUCGCAACGGUCAGGUGGAGCGCAUGCCAGUGAAGAGUGCGAAGGUAUACUUGGACAUGAUUGCGCAGGUCAAGGACGUUGCUGGCUGCGCGGCGAAGGUGCAUUCAGACCUCAAGAAGCUAAAGCCGACCGACGAGGAGGUCUUCGGCGCCCACGUCCACGCGCACCGCAUGAUGCACAGACUGUUGCUUCGUUUGGACGAGCUCUUGAACUCGACGGAGCUCCACGACUUCGAGAAGGCGGGCUGGGUGUGCAGCAUCAACCCUCAGAGCCUCAGGCAGUGGCUCAAGGGGGUCGCAGUCUUUACAGGCCGCGCGAAGCUCACUAUGCUGCAGACGAUGGCGAAUAUAUUGCAGACGCACGUCGACUCAUGCAAGGCCGUGCUCCCAGAUAUCAACUCUGCGAUCGACGGGAACGGAAACUACGUGGAGAAGAUAGCCGUGAAGAUCUUCAGCGACGAGCCCACGGUGGUGGCCGCUUACAACAGGGUGCACAAGACGAUGAGCUGGUUAAUCAGGGCUGCGAGGAUGAUGGACGUGACCCCGCCCGUCGCGGAACACGACGCCACGGCGACCAGCGUGGCGAAGGCGCGGCAGGUGGUGAGCAUGAUCAAGGGCGUGGAGAUGCUCGGGGAGUUGCGCUUGGCGCCAGACGGCCCACAGCGCGCCCGCGACUACCUCGCGAAGUACCGCAACGAGAAGCACCAGGACGUGCCCGUCGGCUUCUGGAGGGAGUUCGAGUCGGUCGCGGCGGAGAGCCUCGAGGCAGGCGCCGCCGCCGCCUGCGCUAAGGGCGGCGCGGCGGGCAGCGGCAGCAAGAGCGACGAGAAGAGCGCCUGCCAGACGCCCAAGGCCAAGGUGGCGCAGCAGGAGGCCAAGUCCACGGCCAGCAAGCAGAAGCCCCAGCUCGACGUGAAGAUGGAGCCGCAGUCUGAGGUUGGCACGAGCAGCGGCGGCACGAAGCGUGGCGCUUCGGGCCCACCGCAGGCCAACAGCCUGAAGCGCGCGAAGCGCGAUUAG